AGCUGCGAUCGGAGGAGCCGGUGGAAGGAGGAGAGAUUAGAAAAGGAGCCUGGAAGGGAUGGAGAUCAAUCAGAAGAUGUGAGGAUGUGAAACAGGGAGAGAGAGAAGAAGGGGAGAAACGAGGGAGAGAGAGAGGGAGGACAGAGAGGAGUGCAGGGAAAGUGACACGGAGGCUUUGAUUGACAGCAGGGAACCUGGAUGGGAAUUCUUUUUGAUCCUCCUCCUCAGAGUUAUCACAAACUCGCUACUUCCAAGCGUUUCUUUAUUUUUUAUUUUUUUUGUGGCGUCCGGCGUGUGUUCAAAGAUGACGUAAAGAGGCGCAAUCGGUCCGCCGGGUUCUGUGGGAGCGCAGUCGCUCGCGGUGGAGGACGCGCGCGGAUUGUGCCCUCGAACUCGCCUCGUCACACUUUCCCUCCGUGAGUCACGGACCACUGACACUGAGUGGGUGAACACUAUCCACUUCCCAGAGGCUUAAUUAAUGAACUAUGAUACAGAGAGGAUUUUGAUUUUGAUUUUGACACCAAACGACAAUGUGGGAAACUAGAUGAUUACAGUCUGCUCUCUUGAGAACAUGUUCUCCAGGAAUCGCUUCAAUGGUCAACAUGGAGCAGGUGUUGCCCCCAAAGGAGCCGUAAAGGCUAAGGUCCAUUCCCCCAAGAAGAGGGCUCCUAACCCCAGGGUAGCACUGGUCAUCCGUGGUAAAAUACAUCGCCUCUUGCAAGGGUCUUCAGACCACCAUGUCCCAGACUCCCAGCCGUAUUAUGCAGGUAUUGAGGAUGAGGAAGAGAGGGAAACACAAGAGGGCGAAAAAGAGCACAGAAGCAGAUCCCCAAAGGUCAGGUCCAGGGCUGAAUCCUGCUCUCCAAAGGUGCCAAACGGUAAAGGACAUGGAGAAGCACCGGGGCCGCCGUGUGUCGGAGAGGUGGAGCUGAACAGAGAGGGAUGUAUAAGAUUACCAUGCACCUUGCAGCAUAAAAGCGGCAGAUCCCCAGCAAAUUCGAAAAGAAUUUCCUUCGAGGGGGACAUUCCAGCAGCUCCUGAGCAGAUGCAACCGGCCCCCCACCACAAUCCAACUGGGCCAGACAUGAAUGGUGCUAAAUUUGCAGGAGCAGCUGGGACGGAUUUUGCUUCACCCCGUGUUCGGCCAAAGAGACCCUUUUCUGCCGGUGACUGUCUGGACUACAACUUCAACAGAGCUCUGCCGGGUACACUGCUGGAAGAGGACGAAGAAAAAGAGGAGGAGUCGAGCGAUGUCAUUGAGCACAUUCUUAAAGAGCUGAGGGGGAUCAACAAGAUACAGGAGGAAAUCUCAGACCUUCGGGAUUAUCUGACCUCGGUUCGGGGGUCAGUUGAGGAAGUGUCAUCUUGUGUAGAUGCCGUGUUGCUGGAGAUUGAGGGCAUUCGGUCUAGCAACAAGGCGGGUUCAGAUGCCCACGCAGAUACUUGGUCGGGAGCGGGGUCCAAAGAUGGAUCAUCCUCCCGUAGAAGGCCCGCUAGUGCUUAUGGCAGUUUAGGGAGCACAGUGCCAAAGUCUUCCUCAACUCUUCUCCCCCAAGUCUGCAAUGAGCGUCAUGGCAUCCGUGCUGAUUUAGGGGCAGAGGAGUCUACUGUGUCCCCAGUUGUUGAAUCAGUAGAUCAUCAGGACCUGGAGGAAGCAGAGGAUAUCUCUGACCAGAGUUCGGAUAUCCCAGUAGGUGCGAUAGCAAGAAAACUCAGAUUUGGCUACUGCGAAAGGCAGGAUGACCAAGACUACCCAAGCACCAGCUCCUUGUCAUCUGGUCAUAGUGAGUCAGACCUAGAGGGACCAUCAUUGAGUCAUGGAAGGAAGCAGCAAAAUGCUGAUGAUAGGGAGGAACAUUGGACCAAUGCUGGACAACCACACAGUGCUUCCGGGGAGUCUGCCAGGCAUAGGGAAACUACCUACCGCAGGGGCAGGAGUCUGGAGGAGCAUGGAAGUGAGAGCCCUCUCUGCUGUGAAGGAGCUGGGAGCUGGGAGCACUACAGAGGUGGAGGAGGUUAUGGUACUUCAGGGCAGUGUUCCACAGGAAGCUCGGAGCAUCUCUCUCUUCGCUCUAGAAAACAUUACAACUCACCUGCCAGCACUUCUAGCAGGGAGGACUGGCAGCCACGUAGAAGAAGGCCUCAAGCCAAGUCUGGGAGUAAUAUUCCAAUAGAUACCAACCUUGAAAAGCCUGCUCUGGCAUAUGAAUAUUCUGCUGAUUUGUCUUACCCUCAAAGUACUGGUUACCAUUCAAAUGAUGGGCAUGAUGGAGCAGCAAAGGAAUUUGAUUAUGGGAAACCAAACGACCUGACCUACACCACCGACUGCCAUGUCGAUAGUUAUCAGGAACCUUACUUUGCCUACGAAGAAUCUUCAGCAGUCACAUGGACUGAGGAAUCCUUACGUACCACUCUAGCUGAUGUGGAUAGACCAUUCGUCCAAGAGACUAGAGCCACCAGGCAAAGCUCAGACAAUCGACUUCCUCGCUCCGUCAGUGCCGAUGUCCAAGCUGGUGGUUUCAAUGUGAAGCGCAUCGGCCGAGCUGUACUUGAUUUUAGCUCUGCCUUACGCGGUGCAUUGUGCAAAAUUGAAGUACCUGCGUCCGAGAAUCCUGGAGAGGAAGCAGAGGUUGAAAUAUCAAUGCAGUCUGACGUGCCCACAGCUGAUUUGCAUUCAAAACCUCUAUGCUAUGAGGCACAAUUUGAACAAACAUGCGACCAAAUCCUGGAAGGCAACCUUGGUGACAGUGGUAGGGCUGUACGGGAGUUACGCAGACACAAUACUCUAGACACAUCCGAACUUUUCUCCAGGGAGCCUACGCUUGAAGAAGCCAACAACGGCCUUACAUCGCAGUCUACAUACACCUGCCAACACCCUCCAUGUUCAGACAAGAUCCCCCCAUUCCCAGAAGAACCUUCAGUCUGCCCUGACCCAUUUUCCAGUAGCACUACAGCACUGCCUCCACCUUAUGGCCUUACAGAACAACCUGCCGAAUGUCCCGCGAGUGGUCCUGCAGAUCGGACCGUUAAGGCCCAGAUUUCUCAAUGCACCACCACAGAAUCCCUCUCAGUCUCCCUGUCAGUUGAUGAACCUGCAGAGCUGGAGGAGCAGGGAGAAACGGAGGUGGAGCUGACACGACAACCUGCUACAGGGUUCGUAGGCGAUGCAGCAGAGCCCCCCUUGGACAUAAGUCAGAUGGAUGAACGCAGGCUAAAGUGCCUGAGGACCUUCCAGCAGAUUCUGCGGGAGAAGAGGGAGUCCCGACGCAACCUCACCAGUAUGACAAUGUGCAGCUUCUCUCAGGAUGACUUUGAACCAGAUGGAAAUCAAGGAGGAGAUCAGAGCCGAGAUCAGGGUGGGGACCCCAGCAAGCACCCAUGGGCCAAGCCGGGGGGAAACACGCCGUUUGGCAUUGACAGCAUGCCAGACCUCCGCAAGAGGAGACCCAUUCCUCUUGUUAGUGAAUUGGCUAUGUCCAUGAUACAGACGAGGAAGGCCGGACUCGCCCACACGCUGUCCACACGGACCUCGCUGAAGGACGAGGAGCUCAAAAACCAUGUGUACAAGAAGACGCUGCAGUCGCUGAUCUACCCCAUCUCCUGCACCACGCCGCACAACUUCGAGGUGUGGACCGCCACCACGCCCACCUACUGCCACGAGUGCGAGGGUCUGCUGUGGGGCAUCGCCCGGCAGGGCAUGCGCUGCGCCGAGUGCGGCGUCAAAGUGCACGAGAAGUGCCAAGAGCUGCUGAACGCCGACUGCCUGCAGAGAGCCGCCGAGAAGAGCUCCAAGACGGGAGCGGAGGACCGCACGCAGCACAUCAUCAUGGCCAUGAAGGACAGGAUGAAGAUCCGCGAGAGGAACAAGCCGGAGAUCUUCGAGGAGAUCCGGAAGGUGUUCAACGCCCCCCGGGUGAUCCACGUGCAGCACAUGAAGACCGUCAAGCAGAGCGUCCUGGACGGCACCUCCAAGUGGUCGGCCAAGAUCGCCAUCAACGUCGUCAGUGCGCAGGGUCUCCAGGCCAAGGACCGGACGGGCUCCAGCGACCCGUACGUCACCAUCCAAGUGGGGAAGACCAAGAAGAGGACGAAGACCAUCUACGGAAACCUCAACCCGGUCUGGGAGGAGAAGUUCAGCUUCGAGUGCCACAACUCGUCGGACCGCAUCAAGCUGCGCGUCUGGGACGAAGACGACGACAUCAAGUCGCGAGUGAAGCAGCGGCUGAAGCGGGAGUCCGACGACUUCCUGGGACAGAGCAUCAUCGAGGUCCGGACCCUCAGCGGGGAGAUGGACGUGUGGUACAACCUGGAAAAGAGAACAGACAAGUCGGCGGUGUCUGGUGCCAUUCGUCUUCAGAUCAGUGUGGAGAUCGAGGGGGAGGAGAAGGUGGCCCCCUACCACGUGCAGUACACCUGCCUUCACGAGAACAUGUUCCACUUCUCGACGGACGUGGAGGGGGGCGGCGUGGUGAAGAUCCCGGCGGCUCACGGAGACGACGCCUGGAAGGUUUACUACGACGAGGUGAAGCAGGACAUUGUGGACGAGUUCGCCAUGCGCUACGGCAUCGAGUCCAUCUACCAGGCCAUGACCCAUUUCUCCUGCCUGUCCUCUAAGUACAUGCUGUCGGGGGUGCCGGCGGUGAUGAGCACCCUGCUGGCCAACAUCAACGCCUUCUACGCCCACCCGACCGCCUCCACCAACGUCUCCGCUCCGGCCAGAUUUGCAGCCUCCAACUUCGGGAGGGAUCGCUUUGUGAAGCUGCUGGACCAGCUGCACAACUCGCUGCGUAUCGACCUCUCCAUGUACAGAAACAACUUCCCAGCCAGCAGCAAGCCCCGCCUCCAUGACCUCAAGUCAACGGUGGAUCUUCUCACCAGCAUCACCUUCUUCAGGAUGAAGGUCUGGGAGCUGCAGAGCCCCCCCAGAGCGGCUCAUGUGGUGGGAUUGCUUCAAGCCCCGCCUGACUUCCCCCUACGAGUCUUCUUCAACACCUGCCUGGAGCUCUUUAACCAGGAGGAGGAGGAGGAGAAGAAAGAGGAGAACCAGCAGGAGGAGCAGGGCCCGAGCAUCCAGAAUCUGGACUUUUGGCCUAAACUCAUCACGCUCAUGGUCUCCAUCAUCGAGGAGGACAAGAACUCCUACACUCCCAUCAUCAACCAGUUCCCUCAGGAACUGGAUGUGGGGAAAGUGAGCACGGAGGUCAUGUGGAGGCUGUUCGCUCAGGACAUGAAGUACGCUCUGGAGGAACACGAGAAGCAUAAACUGUGUAAGACCGCCGACUACAUGAACCUGCACUUCAAGGUCAAGUGGCUUUACAACGAGUACGUGAAGGACCUGCCGACCUUCACGGACGCCGUGCCGGAGUACCCUGCGUGGUUCCUCCCGUUCGUCCUGGCCUGGCUGGCUGAGAACGAGGACGUGUCCAUGGAGUUCAUGCACGGGGCGCUGGAGAGAGACAAGAGGGAAGGGUUCCAGCAGACGUCGGAGCACGCCCUGUUCUCCAGCUCCGUGGUGGACAUCUUCACGCAGCUCAACCAGAGCUUCGAGAUCAUCAAGAAGCUGGACUGCCCCGACCCGGCCGUGGUGGCCCAGUACAACCGGCGCUUCGCCAAGACCAUCACCAAGGUGCUGCUGCAGUACUGCGCCCUGCUGGCCAAGAGCUUCCCCUCCUACUGCGAGAAGGAGAAGAUACCCUGCGUGCUGAUGAACAACGUCCAGCAGAUGAGGGUCCUGUUGGAGAAGAUGUUUGAGGCCAUGGGAGCGAAACAGCUGGAUACGGAGGCAGCCGACAUCCUCAAUGAGCUGCAGGUGAAGCUCAACACUCACCUGGACAACUUCAGCAUCGUGUUUGCCAAGAGUUUCCAGGCUCGCAUUAACUCCUGCAUGCGUCAGAUGGCUGAGAUCCUCUACCAGAUCAAAGGCCCCCCCAACCACAGCACCGCCGAGGCCGACGCCGACAACAUGCUGAGGCCCCUCAUGGAGUUCCUGGAUGGGAAUCUCAGCAUCUUCGCGGACAUCUGUGAGAAGACGGUGCUGAAGAGGAUCCUGAAGGACCUGUGGAAGACCGUCCUGAGCAGCCUGGAGAAGUCCAUCGUCCUGCCGCAGAGCAACGACAGCCUGGGUGCCCAGCUCCUCACAGCCGCUAAAGGACUGUCGAAUCUCAAGGGCGGCGGUGAGGCCAAAACGCUGACGCCCAAACAGUGCAUCAUCAUCGACGCCGGGCUGGAGACCAUCAAGCAAUACUUCCACGCGGGAGGAAACGGGCUGAAGAAGACGUUCGUGGAGAAAAGUCCUGAACUGGCUUCCCUGCGUUACGCCUUGUCCCUCUACUCACAGAGCACCGACGCCCUCAUCAAGACCUUCGUCACCACGCAGCACUCCCAAGUGCACGACGGGAUGGGCAUCAGAAUCACCGGCAGUGAGAAGAUCCGACCCGAUAGAGGCCCGGGGGUGGAGAAGCCCAUCGGAGAGGCCGUUCUGCAGAUCGACAUGAUGCUCGGCAAGGAACGCAAAGUCAGCGUCAGAGUCAUCGCAGUGAACGACAUGAAGUGGCAGACGUCGGGGAUGUUCCGGCCUUUCGUCGACGUGUCCAUGGUCGGCCCCUUCCUGGCCGACAAGAAGCGCAAGUUCACCACCAAGUCCAAGAACAACAGCUGGUCGGCCAAGUUCAACGAGGCUUUCCAGUUCGUCCUGGGCAAGGAGUCCCCGGACUGCUACGAGCUGCAGGUGACGGUGAAGGACUACUGCUUCGGCCGGGCGGACCGCGUGGUGGGCGUGGCCGUGCUCCAGCUGCGCGACGUCGCCGACCGCAAGAGCUGCGUGUGCUGGUGCCCGCUGGGGCCGCGCGUCCACACCGACGAGACGGGCCUCACCGUGAUGCGCAUCCUGUCCCAGCGGCCCGCCGACGAGGUGGCCAAGGAGGUCGUCAGGCUGAAGGCGGAGACCCGUCCCGCAGAGGAGGGCAGAUGAGCGGAGGGACGCGAGAGAUUGACGUGUGACGCAGGUCACAGUCAGCCGUUAGGGGGCGGGGCUUCGUCCGUGGUCCUCGUCCUCAGGGAACACGGGCCUCUGA